AUGCACAAGUUCGUUGCUCCAGGAAGGAGUAGAAGAAGAGAAAGAAGAAGACGAAGAAGAAGACAGAUAUGCAACGGGAGAAAACAAGCAACGCCGGUGGGGCUGAAAAGCCCGACCGAGAGGCCGCCAUAAUGUCGAAAUACUACGACGGAGUUGAAUUUCCUUUCUGUGACGAAGUUUCGAAAUAUGAAAGAAUGGCUAAAAUAGGACAGGGAACCUUCGGGGAGGUAUUCAAAGCAAAGCACCGACAGACGGGGAAGAAGGUCGCACUGAAGAAAGUCCUGAUGGAAAAUGAGAAAGAAGGGUUCCCCAUCACGGCUCUGAGAGAGAUCAAGAUCCUUCAGCUGCUCAAACACGAGAAUGUGGUCAACCUGAUUGAGAUCUGCAGAACCAAAGCUACUCAGUUUAAUAGAUACAAAGGCAGCAUCUACCUGGUGUUUGACUUCUGUGAACACGACCUGGCCGGGCUGCUGAGCAAUGCCAACGUGAAGUUCACGCUGGCAGAGAUCAAGAAGGUCAUGCAGAUGCUGCUUAAUGGACUGUACUACAUCCACAGGAACAAGAUCCUUCACAGAGACAUGAAGGCAGCCAACGUGCUCAUCACGAGAGACGGCGUCCUGAAGCUGGCGGACUUUGGCUUGGCUCGAGCUUUCAGCUUGGCUAAGAACAGCCAGGGGAACCGUUACACCAACCGGGUGGUCACGCUGUGGUACAGACCUCCAGAGCUGCUGCUCGGUGAGCGAGACUACGGUCCCCCCAUAGACCUGUGGGGAGCAGGCUGCAUCAUGGCGGAGAUGUGGACCAGAAGUCCCAUCAUGCAGGGGAACACGGAGCAGCACCAGCUAACGCUGAUCAGCCAGCUCUGUGGCUCCAUCACCACUGAGGUUUGGCCGGGUGUGGAUAAAAAAUACGAACUGUACCAGAAGAUGGAGCUGCCUAAAGGCCAGAAGAGAAAAGUGAAGGACCGUCUCAAGGCCUAUGUCAAAGACCCGUAUGCUCUGGAUCUCAUAGACAAGCUUCUGGUUCUGGACCCAGCACAGCGCACAGACAGCGAUGACGCUCUCAACCAUGACUUCUUUUGGUCAGACCCCAUGCCAUCGGACCUGAAAAAUAUGCUCUCCACCCACAACACCUCCAUGUUUGAAUAUCUAGCUCCUCCCAGACGGAGAGGCCACAUGCCCCAGCAGCCGCCCAAUCAGACCCGAAACCCAGCCACCACCAGUCAGACCGAGUUUGACCGAGUCUUUUAGUCCAAGGCCGACAUAAGUGGAUAAAUGUGGACAUUCCAGCUGGGAUCUUCUUUCUGAGGAGAUGAUCAGGAAUCUAUCUGAUGGUCCAGAAAAGACUCGGACAUAUUAAGUCAGAUGUUCCUCUAGGUAGCUAAUUUUAUGUUCAGCACAAUUACUUUUAUUUAUUUUUUUAGCUUUAGGUGGGUUUUAUGUUCUGUGAUGUACAACAUUAGUAUAAUUUGAGUUCUUUAUGAUGAAUGUGAAGCUUAUUUAAACAGUUUACAAGGUCACUGGUUUCUGUUCACAACACAAAACGGUUUUCUCUCCAUUUAUUUCCAUCUGCCACAGCUGCAA